AUGUCAAUAUUAAGUGAGAAUAUUAAUAAUCAUUUUUACAAUCUUUGUCGUCUCACACCUCUUGACGAUCACCUGUUGUUUGAUGCUACCUUAUAUCGUCAGCUAGUUGGCAGUCUUGUUUAUCUCAUAGUUACUUGUCCAGACAUUGCCUAUGCUGUUCACAUUGUCAGUCAGUUCAUGGUUGCUCCUCGCUCUUCAUACUGUGAUGCUUUGGUUCACAUUUUGCACUAUCUCAAAGGAACUAUGUUUCAUGGUCUGCACUACUUAGCACACUCAUCUCUACAGUUAUACGCAUUUUCUAAUGCAGAUUGGGUAGGGGAUCCUACUGAUUGCUGUUCUACUAUAGGAUUCUGCUUCUUCUUGGGUGACUCUCUCGUUGUCUGGCAUAGCAAGAAGCAAACUCUUGUUGCUCAUUCUAGUACUGAGGUUGAGUAUCGUGCUCUUGUUGACACUGCUUAG